AUGUGUUCUACUAAUAACAGUGAUAACGAAGAAUAUAACUUACAUCCAAUAAGUGAGGUUGAUGUUCAGUCUGAAAAUUCCGAGGAGAAUUCUGAGGAAAAGGAAUCGAAAAAUAAGGAACCUACUAAUUGCAAGAAAAAGAGAAAAUUAAAAGUACAAUGUGUCCAAAAGUGUCGUCUGGCAUAUAUUGAAAAAUUUAAAUGGAUAAUUGAUAAAGAUGGGUGUAGUUUUUGUAAAUAUGGUCAGAAAAUAGUAGUUGGUGGUUAUUCACAUUUAUCAAGGCACGAAAAUAGUUUAAUGCACAAAAAGAAAGAAAACGCUGUAAAAAUUUGUAUUGAUAUAAAACAGUAUCAACCAAAAUUGACGAAAAAAAAGUAUUGGCAAGAAAAAUAA